AUGAGAUUAAAAAGGCAGAAAUUUAUAGCAAAGGAUAUAUUUAGAAUUUUCCAGGUGGAUAUUUUGAGAUAAGAAAUUAAUUUUAUGAAUAAAGCCAGAUAGAGAGCUGGGUUUUGGUAUUAGAGUAAAAAUAAUUAAUGUGCUCUAAAGUUUGUAGAGAAAUUUAUAAAAAAUGCAAAAACCAAUGGAUUAAGUUUAGAAUAUCCUUUUUAUUUACCAGUUGAAAGUACAAAUGGCAAGGAUUGGGUGUAAGCACUUCAAACAGAUUUUAUAUAAUAUGGUAGGCCAUAUAGUAAUUUCUAUAAUCGAUAAAAAAUAUGAUAUAUAGAUUUAUAAAGAAUAAAAAUAAUUUUUCAUAGCAAAAGAGAAAAGAGGGAGUAUCUCAUUAAAAUAUUACACUAUAAUUGAUUGAAAAAUAAAAUUUUAGAAAAAUAAUUUCUAAAAUAGUUUAAUAAAUACAUAGUAAAUUAGGGAAUAAAAUUUGGAAUAUUUAAAAGAUAAAAGAAAUAUCUGUUGAUAUUAUGGUAAUUGGAAUUGAUGUAUACCAUAAAACUAGAUAGGAAUUAAUUCUUGCAUUGGAUUCAAUGCUUAAUUUGGUUAAUAAAGUGAUGGUUACUUUACAAAGUCUUUGA